AUGGUAGAUGCCUUGGUUUAUCUUCUGAGGAAUACAAUCGAGAAGCUUGUCUUGACGCAAGUGAACGGGAGUCCACUGUUAGCAUCACUGUGUUUGGAGCCUCUGAAUGCUCUUCUCAAGUUUACACAGUUAUUGAAGGCCAAAGAGCAAGUUGUAGCUGGUAAAAUGUACUACCUGACUCUGGAGGCUAAUGAUUGUGGAUCCAAAAAACAAUAUAAGGCUAAAGUCUGGGUCAAGCCUUGGAUGAACUUCAUGGAGCUUGAGGAUUUUAAGCCACUGACUGAUAGCCCUAGUACCUCCUCACAAGACAAGAAGCAAUUGGAGCAAAGUAGUGAAGGGGCGAAGAAAGAAAGUGUUGGUGCUCCUUCCGAGAACAGAAUCUUAAAGCAGAAGAAAUCCAAGAAAGAAAAAUCAUCAAAGGAACAGGAGGAGCAUGAUCAGAAUCAGGAGAAAGGAGACAUUGAAGCUGAAGUGGCAGAUGCAUCUGCAGUUGACGUAAAGGAAAGGAUAAAGAAGGUGGCCUCCAUGAGGUAG